GCGGUCGGAUAGCUCUUUCGACUUCCUGUAUACAAAAAUAUAUUUGUAUUUUGUACACUUUUUUUUUUAACUGAAAAAAAUCAUCAACUACUUUCCUCGCGAUUUGUGCUGAAUUUUUCGUGCGGCUUGCUAAUUUCCAGUGAUUUAAUUUAUGGAUGCCAAACGUGGUAAUGCCUCCGGGGCACGCCAAGCCGGUGGUGGUGGAGGCUAUCAUGCCUCCAAGACGAGCGUUGCUUCACGCCAUGCCGCUGGUGGUGGAGUAGCACCGGCAGCAGUGGGUCGCAAGCAGGUCAGUCAGGUCAGCCUGACGCCCAGCCAGUCCAGGAAUACCAAUGCCACCGAUAAUCCUCGCAAGAGUCCAUUGGACGCCCUAAGCCGCAGCGGCCCCGUACGCAAUCAGAAUCCCUUCCAGCGUCGCUCUGGCUUGCAGGAUGUCGAUGAGGCUUUUUUGGCAUCCAACGUUUUUGCUCGACCAUCCCGUGUCCGCCAUUCUGGACUUGAUCGGGAGAACAUGCAACAGGCCGCAGUAGGAGGAGCAGCAGCUGGUGGACAGCAAGCAUCGCCUCCCAUUCCCACACAGCAGCAGCAGCAGCAGUAUCAGCAGAUACCCCCAGUGGAUGCCGUGCCACAGCAGCAGAUGGCUCCGCCGGCAGUGGUGCCCUCGCAGCAGCAAAUGCAACAGCAAUAUGUGCAACAACCGGCUGCCGGUCAGCCGACACGCAUGGAUCCACCACCCUCGGGACGAGCUCAUGUCCAUCAACAGCAAGUACCACAUCAGCAGCAGCAGAUGCAGCAUCAGCAACAAAUGCCACCGCAAACGGGCUACGAGCAGCAGCAGCAGCAGCAAGUGAUUCAACCAGAUGCACAAAUUCAUAAUAAAUAUGCAAACCAGCAGCAGCAUCAGUUGCAGCCGCAACAUCAGUCUCCUCUGAAUGGAUAUCCCUCUCAGCCGCCGAAUGCGGUUGCUCCGCAGGCAACUAUGCCAACCACCGGAGGAGGAGCAGCAGCACAAGCUCCAGGAGCAACUGGCGGCAGUAAUGCACCCAGAGAAAACGCUGGUGGCUCUGCGGCACCGGCGGAAGCCGAGAUGUGCACCACGUGCCCCAACUGCCAGACCACGAUCUAUUUAGUACGGACGCCGGAACAUGGACACGGCGAUGCCGGCUUACCUGUCCAGUAAUAGUUAAAUCUCCGCCGAGUGAAAUGCACCAAAUUCUAAGUGCAUACCUCCGUUCUUUCAUCAUGUUUUGUUUUAAUGUAUCGACAAUUUCUGAAGGAAGCCCAACUUCCAAGAAGCUCCUUCUUUAAACUGGACUGCACUAUAAUAUUGGGACGAAUGUGUGUAAAUUGAACGAUUCCCAAUAAAGAAAUUAGAGAGUUGUAA